AUGCGUAUCAUAACCAACCUACUCAUAUUUGCAUCCGCGCUUUUGGUGUAUCAAGCGUUUUUCACGCCGUCAUCUCGUUUUGUGCAGUACAAGCGGGACCGCAUUGAAGCUACUUUCUUACAAUCAUGGCACGACUACGUCUCGCAUGGCUGGGACGCAGACGUCUACCACCCACUUUCAAGAAAGGGUUCUUAUAUGUAUGGAUCGACAGAAAAACCUCUAGGGUGGAUCAUCGUGGAUUCCAUCGAUAGCAUGUUCUUGAUGUACAACUCAAGCACUCAUCAUCAAGAAGAAUUCAAAGUCGAAAUUCUUCGAGCCGAACAUUGGAUCAGCACAAAACUUGACUACGAUAUAGACGUGUCUGUGUCACUUUUCGAGACCACUAUUCGCAUGCUAGGCGGUCUGCUGUCAGCUUACCAUCUAUCAAGUACAUUGGCCGUAGGCAAUCCUAAUGUGUAUUUGGAAAAGGCCAAGGAUUUGGCUGACAGAAUGCUGCCAGCAUUCCAUCACGCCAACGCCAAGAUUCCUUAUUCCAGCGUGAAUUUGCAUACGGGAGAAUCCAGGAAAAAUCAUGUGGAUAUGGGGGCAUCUUCGACUGCAGAAUUCACUACAUUGCAACUGGAAUUCAAAUAUCUAAGCGCUAUCACAGGAGACGCCAGAUAUUGGAAAGAGGUGGAAAAAGUUUACAAGCCCUUGUACGAAGAAAACCAAGUCAUUGACCGCUUCGAUGGUCUUGUACCUAUUUACACUAACCCUGACACUGCAAAAUUCUGGGGCAAUAUUAUCAGACUUGGAUCCCGAGGCGAUUCCUUCUACGAGUAUCUUCUAAAACAGUAUCUGCAGUCGGGUGAGCAAUUGUAUUACGAACUAUAUCGUGAAUCGAUAGAGGGUGUGAAACGGCACUUAGUCUCAAGAUCCAAGCCUAAUGGAUUAGUUUACAUUGGUGAAAAGGAACAUGGAUUGAAUGGUGGACUUUCGUCCAAAAUGGAUCAUUUGGUGUGUUUCAUGGGUGGUUUGAUUGCAAUGGGUGCUACUGAAGGCUGGCCCAUCGCGGAAGCGAGAAAACAAAGUUUUUGGAACGCGGAGCGCGAAGAGGAUUGGGCCUUAGCACAAGAUCUAACUUACACGUGUUAUCAGAUGUACCGCCAAGUGCCCUCUGGUUUGUCUCCGGAGAUUGUUGUGUUCAACGAUGGUUAUAUUGGUGGAUCGGGCUCUUGGUGGCAGUCCGCAGAGGGCGACUUUUUCAUUAAGCCAGCAGACGCCCACAACCUACAAAGACCCGAAACCGUGGAGUCUCUGAUGUUUUUAUACCAUCUGACAAAGGACUCCAAGUAUCGCGACUGGGGAUGGGAGAUUUUCAGGUCCUUUGAGAAACACUCUGGCGUGCAAUGCACAUCUGACGAUUUUGAAUGUGCCUACACCUGUUUAAAGAACGUUUUGGCAAUCCCCCCAACAAGAUCAGACAAUGUGGAAAGCUUUUGGUACGCUGAAACGCUGAAAUACUUGCACCUUCUGUUCCAGGACGACGUUGAUCUUAGAAGCAUGGUCUUCAACACCGAAGCGCAUCCUUUUCCCAUCAUUACACCCGAGCAAACCCAGCACGGCGCGCUUUUGAAUACCGGUUGGGAGCUAGUCUAA